CAACAACUGUCUGGAAAUAUGUACUGGAUCGGUAGCUAUAUCCCAUCGUUAUUUGUACAGACUGGAAGAAAACAGUACAAAGUGGAACUUCCUCGUGCUCCAGCACGUAGUACGGCCCUGUCUUCGUCCGACACCUCAUUCUGCAAUCUGCUCGCACUCUCUCAUUUCGACUCAAGUGCCCUAGCUGUUGACCCAAACGACAAAAAAAUGCGCCUCACAUGCAUCCUUGCAGUGCUAGUCGCGGUCACUUUCCACGCCACUGGUAAUGCCAAUUCUGCGGUUGCGGGCAAGGGCUUCGAAUGAAUAUGGUGUUGACAUGAUCACCACGACCGCAAUUUUCGUCGAGAAUCCACGACGAAAGCAUCUCUUCAUACUCGGUGCUGAUGCCACCUCACAAGAAGCCUUUCACCGUGUGGUCGUGCUUCAUCCACGUGGCUUCCCCCUUCUUCCGCGCCAAGUAGAGCGUCAAUCUGGCUGGAUCAACUUUGAAGCGAUCAUCGACGUCUUUCUUCUCGUUCACAUGGCCUUCUGCAGCGCGCUCACUUUCGCGUUGCUCGCUAUCUUCACGGGAAACACAGUCCCUUCGCCGUAUACCGCGCACUCCAACUCGACCUCUGCCAUCUUCGUGCGGAAAGUUCUCGACUGA